GGUAGGUAGUGACGCGAUGUGGAACAUAAACAACAAACAAUGGGCUGUCGGUUAUAGAUCGUGUGAAGUACUUUAACCGACAGAAGCUAUUUGUUCGGGAAACUGUUUCACAUUUGAGAACUAUUGCGAGUUUCGGCUGUGACGUAUUUGACGCAAGGACAACCAUGAGGCUCUGCUACCCCUUAUUGAUAUGCCUGGUCCUAACCAUGUCCUCAUCUUUCAUAAUUUCAUCCAAACACAUGUGGACCAAAAUGAUCCUCACCCAUCACUGGCCAACCACUUUCUGUUCGAUGGAGCACUGUCAAAGCAACAUUAGCCAGUGGACACUACAUGGAUUCUGUCAGGACCUGCUCCCAGACAUGAAGACGAGUUGGCCUGACUUGUUUGAUCCCUUGUCUAAUGACUUCUGGAAAUAUGAGUGGAAGAAACAUGGUACGUGCGCAGCCAAAGCCAUUUCUCUGAACAGCCAACAUAAAUACUUCAGCAAGGCACUGGAUCUGUAUCAUACACUGGAUUUGGACAGCAUCCUGAAGAAGUUUUCCAUCACGCCUUCUCCACAAUACUAUAAUUUUUCAUACAUUGAAGGAGUAAUAGAAAACUUCUACCACGUCAAACCUAAGAUCCAGUGUGGCCAUUCAACAAAGAAUGACAGUUUCCAGGUUUUGGGGCAAAUUGAGUUGUGCUUCAACAGUAGUUUCGCCCUGAUGGACUGUGAGAAACAAGUUUCCACGGAAUCUGAUCCUGAUAGAGGUUGGGACUAUCCCAUGAAUGUUGACAAGGGAUCAGGGUUAUCUGUGUGCAACCACGAUGUGCCAGUUUACUAUCCACCUGUUGAAUAAUACAAAAAACCCAAUAUUUUCACAAAUUGAAAUUGAACAACACACUAUGAUGAUGAUUCUUUUUUUUAUUCGAAUGCAUUUAAAUUCUAACUGUGACUUGAAUAAAAACUGCCUUUGA